AUGCUCGGGAUGCUCGAUGCCAGCCCUGGGGAGGCCCCACCCCCUCCUAGAACAAAUGGGGACCCUGAGGCCCAGAGAAGCCAGAAAAUUGCCCCCUCUCCAGCCAUCCUGGAGCCCAUCAACUGUCUGGGUGCCGGUCUGGCGUCUCGAGGAGAGGCGGCGCCCGGGGACCCGCCCCCUCGCCUCCUGCCUGGGGGCCCCAGGCCCAAGGAGUUGCCCAAGAGGCUGGGCGGCUCCUCCCCGGGGACCCUCCCCCUCUGGGGCGCGUCAUUCUCCCCACCCCCGGGUCCGACCCCGGCUGCUCUCGCACGCCGGCCACGCGGGGACAAAUCUCAGCCACCUGCUCCGGAGCCGGGGCGCCGGGGCACCGUCCGCCCCAUGGAGCUGCGGGCCAGCAACGCCAGCUGCGAGAACGGUUCCCUGAUCAGCCUGUACUGCUCCUCCCAACAAGUCCUGUGCCGGAUCGUCGGUGACCUCAGCCCCGAGGUGCCCAGCAGGGUCAUCUCCAACAGCUGGCAGGAGAGGUUCAGGCAGAACUACAGCUUCUACGUCGGCCUGGGGCUGGCCAUCCUGUCCAGCUUCCUCAUCGGCACCAGCGUCAUCCUCAAGAAGAAGGGCCUCCAGCGACUGGUGGCCUCUGGUGCCACGCGGGCUGUGGCUGCCGGAGAAGUUGCCAACUUUGGGGCCUAUGCGUUUGCUCCUGCGACAGUCGUCACACCACUGGGAGCGCUGAGUAUCCUCAUAAGUGCCGUCCUUUCCUCAUAUUUCCUGGGAGAGAGUCUGAACCUGCUGGGGAAGCUGGGCUGUGUGGUCUGUGUGGCCGGCAGCACAGUGAUGGUGCUACACGCCCCCGAGGAAGAGAAGAUCACCACCGUCAUGGAGAUGGCUGCCAAAAUGAAAGACACAGGGUACAUCGUGUUUGCUGUGCUUCUGCUGGUGUCCUGCCUUAUCCUCAUCUUCGUCAUCGCCCCACGUUAUGGACAAAGGAAUAUCCUCAUCUACAUCAUCAUCUGCUCUGUGAUCGGGACCUUCUCCGUGUCCGCCGUCAAGGGUCUGGGCAUCACCAUUAAGAACUUCUUCCAGGGGCUGCCAGUUGUGCGGCACCCUCUCCCCUACAUCCUGUCCCUCGUGCUGGCACUUUCGCUCAGCACUCAGGUCAAUUUCCUCAACAAGGCGCUGGACAUCUUUAAUACCUCCCUGGUGUUCCCCAUCUACUACGUGUUCUUCACCUUGAUGGUGGUGACCUCCUCCAUCGUCCUCUUCAAGGAGUGGUACAGCAUGUCGGCCGUGGACAUUGUGGGCACCCUCUCUGGCUUUGUCACCAUCAUCCUGGGUGUGUUCAUGCUUCACGCUUUCAAAGACCUGGACAUCAGCCAGACCAGCCUGCCCCACAUGCACAAAAACCCAACCCCCGCUCCCACCCCAGAGCCCAGCAUUAUUAGACUCGAAGACAAGAAUGUUCUUGUGGACAAUAUAGAACUCUCCAGCACCCCAUCAUCACCAGAAAAGAAGCCCAAAGUAUUUAUAAUCCAUUCGUAAAGCUUGGGAUACAUGAGUGAGAGGAUGAGCCCUGUGGUACAGCCUGACUGCUCAAUUUCAGAGCCACCUGGUUAUUUUCAACACAACUCCUCUUACCAGUGGGCUCUCUUUUCUUGAGACGUUCAUUUAUACCUCACUGCUGUUUCCGGGAGAAAAAUCCCUACCCAAUGAGCAGUGGCGGCAGAACCUCCUGGAAACACAGCCUCAGUGACCAAAUACCCUACUUCACAUUGGUGCCAGCAGGUCCCCUGGACCUCCCGUCCUACUUGUUUCCUCGGUGCCAUCUCUGUAUUGUUGGGAAGAAGAUAGGAUUUGAUCUGUUGAAUGUAGCACAAGCCAAGAACUUCCCUGAAAUGUUGGUCAUCAGGAAAUUCCUCGCA